UACUUAGACGUGCACCACCUAGUUAAUACCUUAAUAGAUACGAGCGAUAUUAAGCUUGCCGACAAGAUCUUGAAUAUCAAGUAGCUAACCUAGCACUUCCUUUCAAGAUGACGGCGUACAUCUCUCGUCUCAACGCCAUACCGUACGAUGUAUUCGGGAAUCCCGCAGCCUCAAUACUGCUGCCCAUUGCGCUCGGCACGACGGUAGGCUUCAGCUCUCGACCGAGAAAAACGCAGACUACAUACGUCAUGAUGAAGCAACCCCCCUUACGUCCUCCACCGCAGGUCUUCGGCCCCGUGUGGACGGUGCUCUACGGGCUGAUGGGCUACGCAGCUCACCGCGUCGUAACGCGGUCCCCGCCCCCCUCGGUCUCCACGGACGACGUGCGCGCUCUGUAUUCCGUCCAGCUCGGCUUGAACCUACUGUGGAUGCCCCUGUUCUUCGGGCUGCGGAAGCCCGUUCUGGCCUUGGCGGAUAUUGUGUCGCUCAUCGGGAUUAACGGUUAUCUGACCUAUCUGUACUUCUCGGUUGAUAGCAUAGCGGGUUGGUGCCAAGUGCCGUACAUGGCGUGGCUCGGCUUUGCGACGUAUCUAACUGCGGGCGUUGGGUACUUGAACAAUUGGGAUAUAUCCGAAUCGGCAUUGGCGAAGAGGGCACAGUGAAGGAAGACUGCAUGUGUUUUGAGUCGCUCGAGGCCAGUCUUUACAAGUCAUGUUUUGGGACCUGGAACUUGACUUAUCCUCUCUGAUAAGACAUUUUGCUAUGUUACAUGCGAAAUAUAGUAGGCGACGCUCAA